CAUCGCGGCCACAUAUCAUUUACAUAACCAGGGAUCACGUCGAUCAUUCCCGCACUUCCAUGACCUCUCUACUCUUUUUGCACAUAGUUUGCUGCAGUUUUGGAGACGAACAGCAUGCAAUCUCAUGAGUUUUCGUUAUUCAAAAGUUGGGGCACUUCUUCUAGAAGAUAGAGAUACUAAGUUUGAGUUAAGACACCGACCAAAGCCUCCAGCCCCACAGCGGAGAAAGACAGACACAUGAGUGGUCUAUUGCUCUUCGAACCAUUCAAGAACGUCAAGACAUGAAGAUACGAAGAUAUGCCUGCGCAGAAGCUGACUCUUGGCUUCCCACCGUAGCCAUUUUGGCUCAAGA